AUGAAGCUCCUCCGUACUGCUCUUUUCUUGCUGGCAUCUUGCCAUGCAGCCGAUGCCUUUGUGUCCCCUGCAUCCCGCCCUUCUCCUUCUCUGACAACAGAUAGUCCAACGUCGGUCUUUUUGUUGGGUCGUAUCAAGCGUGCCAUCAAGAAUCGUGUGGGUGCGACCAACAAACGUGCUCGUGGCGAUGGCUAUGGUCCUCCUUUGGACAAUAUCAGUGAAGCCGUGGGAAACACUCCCAUGAUCAAGCUCAGUGACAGCUUGUGCCCCGCCGGUAGGACCAUUUAUGCCAAGGCAGAAUUCUUCAAUCCUCUCUCUUCGGUCAAAGAUCGAUUGGCACUCAGCAUUAUUGAAACAGCCGAAAAGGAAGGCACACUCAAGCCGGGACAGACUGUCAUUGAAGCAACUUCGGGAAACACUGGUAUUGCCGUCGCCAUGAUGUGCGCUCAACGUGGGUAUCCCUGUGUCAUUACCAUGGCAGAACCCUUCUCUGUGGAGCGUCGUAAAUUGAUGCGCAUGUUGGGUGCCAAAGUCAUUGUCACACCCAAAGCUGGCAAGGGAACUGGAAUGGUCGAAAAGGCGGCGGAAUUGGCAGAAAAACACGGUUGGUUCCUUUGUCAUCAAUUCGAAACGGAGGCCAAUUGGAAAUUCCAUGAAGCCACUACGGGACCCGAAAUCUGCAAUGACAUUGCCAGUAUUGGUGGCAAACUCGACUACUGGGUCACAGGCUAUGGUACUGGAGGAACCUUUCACGGUGCUGGAAAGUACAUUAAAGCCAACUCGCCAGAUACCAAAAUUGUCUUGGCCGAACCGGGUGCUGCUGCCUUGCUGGAUUCGGGUGUUGCCACAGAACGCAACGAAGAUGGUUCUCCCAAGGGAUCUCACCCUGCAUUUGCUGCUCACCCCAUUCAAGGAUGGACUCCUGAUUUCAUUCCACUCGUUCUCGAGCAGGGAAUGAGCUUGGACCUCAUGGAUGACUAUGUGUCCAUUCCCGAUGGAGCGGCUGUGGCAACCGCCCAAGACCUUGCCAAAAAGGAAGGUAUUCUCACUGGAAUCUCGGGUGGUGCCACCGUGUGGGCCGCCAUUGAAACUGCGAAAAAGGCACCCGAGGGAUCCACCAUUGUCUGCAUGUUGCCCGACACUGGAGAACGAUACCUAUCCACACCACUCUUUGCUUCCAUUGCUGCCGACAUGAACGAAGAAGAGUUGAAGAUUGCCAGAUCCACGCCAAGCCAUAUUCUGGAGCCGCCAUCGGCAGAAUAA